AUGACCUCGGCGCGGGAGGCGGCGGCGGCGGCGGCGGCCGGGUCCCCCCCGCUGCCCGCCGCCGCCGAGGAGCGCCGCCGCGGCGCCCUGGAGCGGCUCCCGCCGCCCGCCAACUCCAACAAGCCGCUGACGCCCUUCAGCAUCGCCGACAUCCUCGGGCGGCCCGCGGGGCGCGGGGCCCCCGCCGCGCACGGAGCGCCCCCGCCGCGGCUGCCCGACAAGGCGGCGGCGGGGCCCGGCGCCACCCGCCACGGCGGCUCUGCGCCGUCGUCGCCGCUGUGCGCCCUGGAGGAGCUCGCCAGCAAAACUUUCAAGGGGCUGGAGCUGAACGUGCUGCAGGCGGCGGAAGGGCGGGAGCCGCUGGGCGCCCUGGGGCCGCGGCAGCCCUGCAAGAAGCGGCGCAAGUCGCGGACGGCCUUCACCAACCAGCAGAUCUACGAGCUGGAGAAGCGCUUCCUCUACCAGAAGUACCUGUCGCCGGCGGACCGCGACCAGCUGGCGCAGCGGCUGGCGCUGAGCACGGCGCAGGUCAUCACCUGGUUCCAGAACCGCCGCGCCAAGCUCAAGCGCGACCUGGAGGAGAUGCGCGCCGACGUGGCCUCGCUGCGGGCGCUGCCGCCCGCCGCCCUCGAGCGCCUGGCCGCGCUGCCCGAGCCGCCGCGCUCCCCGGGGCCGCCCGCCGCCGCCGCCCCCCCGGGCCCCCCCCCCGCCGCCGCCGAGCUCUCCGAGGAGGAGAUCGACGUGGCGGACUGA